UUGAACCGCAAGGAGAAAGAAUUUAGACAGGACUACCUCAGUGUACGGAGAGCUCAGUGGUGCUGAACGAAUCCUCUGUCUAUGCCCGUGGACUCCAGCCAAGGCCAUCAAACGCAUUUAUGCAUUGGCUAAAGAGAGGCAGAUAACACACCGUACCUAAUUCGCCAAAGAAACUGUCACUCAAAGGGAUUCCCUCUGUAGCAAGCUGGCUGGUUGCGAAGCAAAGUGGCAAUUGCCAUCAGUGACAACACUACAGGGUAAAAUAUUUGUCCUCCGAAUAAAUUCAGUCGGUAAUUUUGCCUUUUGAAUCGGCGUCUGCGUGUAAUACAGAAAGAGUAAACGAAGAGGAUCACCAGAGCUUGGACCAGAGCUUGGACCAGAGCUUGGACCAGCCCUCCACCACCAACCAUCCUAAUGGAUCCUUAGCCCCUGUCUGCUGCUAUUUGACUGAUCUGCGGCCGUCUGGACAUUCGGUCAACAGAAAAGUUCUCUACAUGGACCCUAUGUAUAAAGGUGGUGCCUUGCAUCAGAACCCCCUCCAGCCAUGAGCUACCCCCAUCCUAGGCAUCCUGGGUAGGAUGACGGCCGUGUGCCCCUCUGGGGUAGGCCCUGCUGGGGCUACGGUGGGGAGCUCCAGGGGCGCUGGGGCUGGGAGUACAGGCGGUCAGGACAGGAGAUAUGCCCGCUGGAGCCGUCAGGACAGCUCAGACAUCGCUACAGAUGAUGAGGGGGUUCCUGCCCGCCAACUCACCCCCCUGGAGAGGCUCAACCUCGACAUGUGCCAGGACGACAGGGUGGUCCGUGAGCUCACAGUGGGCCGACGUAUCGGCUUCUACAAGGUCCGCGGGGAGAUCGGCUGUGGAAACUUCUCCCAUGUCAAACUGGGGAUCCAUGCCCUCACCAACGCCAUGGAGGUAAAGGAGAAGGCUGGGAGACAACGGAAUGAGCUGAACCCCAGGCAUCAGAUAGCUCUCCUUGAGGUUUUCAAUGACAAGGUGGCCAUUAAGAUCCUGGAUAAGACCAAGCUGGACCAGAAGACCCAGAGGCUACUGUCCAGAGAGAUCUCCAGCAUGGAGAGACUACACCACCCCAACAUCAUACGUCUCUACGAGGUGGUGGAGACAUUGUCACGGUUACACCUGGUGAUGGAGUAUGCUGGUGGAGGAGAGCUCUACACCAAGAUUAGCAUGGAGGGGAAACUGUCGGACAUCGACAGCAAGAUUGUCUUCUCUCAGAUCCUCUCGGCUGUCAAACACAUGCAUGACAACAGCAUCAUCCACCGUGACCUGAAGGCAGAGAACGUGUUCUACACCUGCAGCACCUGCGUCAAGGUGGGAGACUUCGGCUUCAGCACGCUGAGCCGCCGCGAUGAGACCCUCAACACGUUCUGCGGCUCCCCGCCCUACGCCGCGCCUGAACUCUUCAGGGACGAACACUACCUAGGCGUCUUCGUAGACAUCUGGGCCCUGGGCGUCAUGCUGUUCUUCAUGGUGACAGGAACCAUGCCCUUCAGGGCGGACACGGUGGCCAAACUGAAGCGCUGCAUUCUAGAGGGGGCCUAUGUGCUGCCCUCCUGGGUACAGGAGCCCUGCCAGAGGCUGAUCAGAGGCAUCCUCCAGCCCCAGCCCUCAGACCGCUGCAGUGUGGAGCAGAUGAUGGGCUGUGAGUGGCUGCUGCCUAUAGAUUUCCCUCGGGCCAUGGAGCCCUUUAAACUGGACCCGUCCUAUCUGGCCCAGAGCACGCCUUCAGAGUUGGAGGAGGAUGAGGCGGAGGUGAGGGAGGCGCUGGAGACACUAGGGAUCACCCCGGAGCAUAUCUUAAAUAAUCAGGGGAAGGACUGUAGGAGUUCUGUUACGGGCGUUUAUAGGAUUCUGUUGCACCGUGCACACAAGAGGCGGGCGGUGGAGAGCAUGCCUGUGGUUACACAUGUGGUCGGGUCCAGCGUGAGUAAAAAGGACCGGCUAAAGGCGUACCACAGCUUACGGCACACCUCCAAGCUCUGUGUGAUUCUGUGACGAAAAGCCUUCGCUCCUAUAGUUGAACUUUUGGUGUAGUUUUUUUUGUUGUCAAUAAAGUAAACAUUUAUGUGACUGUGAAUGAGGAAUGAGGUGGUGAAUUUUAAAUCGGUACAACUUCUGUCUUGAAUGUUUAUCGACAAAAUGUUAACCGCUGAUAAAAAAAAAAAAUUAAAUCCUAAAGUUGGGAUUGAUGUUAGGAUUUGUUUUAUUUUUAUAUCAGUCUCUGUGUGAAUAUACUUUAGCCUGGGUGCCUGUCUUCUUCGACUUUAUCUUACCAGACAAGGCUAAAAUUGUUCUUACGGUCAUCCAGCAGACGCUUUUCUCCAAAUUGAUAUACUGUUAACGCAUACGUAUAUUCAUAUGACCUCAAGCAGCAAUAAAUCCUAUACAACUCUGGUGUGUAGCGACUGAGGCUUGGUAAAACCAGAUGUAGCAUUGUGGAAUGCUGAAAGAGUCAAGCAUCCAGGCUAAUGAGAAUGAAGAAUGUGAUGAUUUGAAUUAGAAAUCAGGAGUUGAUUAUCUCUCGAAUGUUUUUAUUGUACUUUUUUUGAGAGACAUUUUUUUUCUCCAGUUCCAUGCCAUCGUGAUUCUAGACAUUUUCAUCUCCUAUUUCAUAAAUGCAUUUGAUUUGUAUUCAUUUUGCGUAUGAUAUCCUAUCACAGUGCUUCCCAAACUUCUCCUUGAGUACCCCCAGCCAGUCCACUUCUUCUUUGAUGUAUUUCAGAACUAGCAUAGCUGAUUCAAAUGAUUACCUAAUCAUCAAGCCCUUCAUUUGUUGAAUCAGCAGUGCUAGUUCCGGAAUACAUAAAAUAACUGGGGUGGCUGGGUGUACUCGAGGAGAUGUUUGGGAUGUCUAUAUCUCUUAGCCCGAGAGCCAGUCUGUUUUUGCUUUUUGUGCUAUCAUGCUAACUCCUUGUCACUCCUUGUCAUGCAAAACAUGUUUGGCUUGACAAUAAGCAAUGGAGUUGGCAAGAGCACAAACAGAUCUGGGACCAGGUAACUGGUUGAAAGGAACACAUUGGCCUUAUUGGCCUGGUUGGGUUGACAGUUAUUUCUACACCUUACCUGUCAACGCCAAUAAUUUGAUUUUCAAUUGUUAUGAUGCCAUAUUACUGCCCAAUAUAUAUUUUCAAAAUAUUAAAUAAAAUGC